GAGACCGGGUAAAAUUCGAAACCUGACCCGGCGUAAUCCACAACCUUACCCUCUCCUGCCCCGGAAAGAAAAGCUCUCUCCCCUCCCAAAACCCCGUCCACAUCUCCGGCGGACACCAUCCGCAUCCAAUGGAGUCCUCCCUCCUCCUCUCCUCCGCCCGCCCCCUCAAGCCCUCCCUCGUCGCGCCCUCCUCCUGCUCCUCCCAUCGGCGCUGCGCCUCCUCCGGCCCGAAGCUUCUGCCUCGGCGCCUCCCCUCCCUGCCGCCGCGCGCCCGCCGGUGGAGCGUGGCGCCGCGGGCUGCGCCCGAGGCGUUCGACGGAAUUCACAGCCAGGACAAGCUCCCCGGGGUCGGACGCGGGGGCGCGCGCCGGAGAGCCUACCGCGAGGAGCAAGGGGAGCCCGUCGUGCGCCCCUUGGGUGCGGGAGCGGGGGGCAUCACUCGCUACAUCGUCCCGGCUGGGGCGUUGCUCGCGCUGAGCUUUGUCAUUUGGAAGGUGGUUGAGAAUUUCCUCCCCCUAAAGAGAAAGGAUCAGAAUUCUGGAGAACCUACGUCUUCUGGGGUCACAUGGUCCUUUGCUGCCGGCUCCAAUUUGUCAACAUCUACAAGCAUUAAAGCCCAAAAGGAGUCGAAGAAAAAUCUAAACAAGUUUUAUAAGGAACUUCGGACACUGAAAACCGUUAACAUGGCAGGCCGUCAAUUCGGGGAUGAGGGACUAUUCUUUCUAGCAGAAAGCUUAGCCUAUAACAAGAGUGCUGAAGAGGUGGACUUUUCGGGUAAUGCGAUAACAGCUGCGGGAAUAGAAGCUUUCGAUGGCAUUCUCCAGAUAAACACAGCUUUGAAGACUCUCAAUUUAUCUGGAAAUAUCAUUGGAGAUGAAGGAGCUAAGUGUCUUUCAGAUAUAUUGAUCGAAAACGUAGGUAUUCAGAAGCUCUUCCUGAACAGUACAAAUAUCGGAGAUGAGGGGGCAAAAGCAAUUUCAGAUCUGCUGAAAAAGAACAAAACAAUACGUAUUGUACAGCUUAGCAACAAUACAAUAGAAUACAGUGGUUUUGCAAGUAUUGCAGAUGCACUUCUUGAGAAUAAUACGCUACGGAGUUUGUAUCUCAAUGGCAACUAUGGUGGUCCUCUCGGUGCAUCCAGCCUAGCAAAAGGAGUUGUAGGGAACAAAUCUCUCAGGGAACUUCAUUUACAUGGUAAUGGAUUUGGGAACGAGGGAUUACGGGUGUUGAUGUCUGCAUUAUCUGCUCACAAAGGGAAGAUAACAGUCUUGGAUAUUGGUAACAACAACAUUACAUCAGAAGGUUCUCUCUAUGUAGCUGAGUUCAUCAAAGUGACAAAGUCUCUACGGUGGCUCAGCCUGUACAUGGAUGAUGUUGGUGACGAGGGAGCUGAAAAGGUGGCAGAUGCUCUGAAACAGAACAAAACAAUUUCUACUAUGGACUUUGGUGGUAAUAACAUUCACUCUAGAGGGGUAACUGCAAUAGCUGAAACUCUGAAGGAGAAUGAAGUGCUGACAACACUGGAGUUGAGUUAUAAUCCAAUUGGACCAGAGGGUGUAAAGGCUUUGUGCGAUGUUCUCAAGUUCAACGGCAAACUCCAAACCCUUAAGCUUGGUUGGUGCCAGAUAGGUGUGUCAGGUGCAGAGUUCGUUGCUGAUUGUUUGAAGUAUAACACAACAUUGUCGACAUUGGAUUUGCGGGCAAAUGGACUUGGAGAUGAUGGUGCUAUCUGCUUGGCGCGAAGUUUGAAGAUAAUCAAUGAAUCCUUGAAAUCACUUGACCUUGGAUUUAAUGAAAUUAGAGAUGAUGGAGCAUUUGCAUUGGCACAAGCACUCAAGGCCAAUGAGGAUCUUGCGGUCACAUCAUUAAUGCUCGCUAACAACUUCUUUGGGAAAUUUGGACAGGUUGCUCUGACCGAGGCACGGGAUCAUGUAUACGAGAUGAGUGGAAAGGAAAUAGACAUUUAUUAUUAGUACAAAUGGUUUCUCAUUGCACUGUAGCUGCUAUCCGAUGGUUCAGCUUGUCGGUGGAUGUUUCUGCAUAGUUGACUAUGUAAUUGAGGCUUUUGGGCAUUACUCAAGUAGAUCAAAGGAAAUGGGGGAAGAGCAUGGUUUAUGCUUUGCUAUACAAAUUUUGGUAAACUACUUGACUGUAGUUUAAUCAUUCAGCUGUAUAUAUGCAAAUUUUCAGAGGCACUUGCCAUUCUUAUAUUGGUUGUAAUGGACCAUAUCCUUCAUUUCAGGUAUGGAUUUGGCUAAUUAGUGACGACUUUUGCCAGCUUUUUUUCUUUAGUCUGGUUGUCAUUUGUCAUACAUAUAUAACUUAUUUAUUUUUGAAUAAUACGAUCACUACAUAA